AUGAAAGGAACUACUGAUGUUAGAAAACGUGGAUACCUAAAAAAGAUCAAGAAUUCAAGGAAACGCUAUUACGUAUUGCGUCUUGAUUCUGAAGCCGGUCCAGGUCGAUUAGAAUGUUACGAUAAUGAGAAAAAGUUUAAUCAAAAUGGACAACCACGGAGUGUUAUUCAGUUGUCAGAUUGUCAUAAAGUUACGGAAAUAUCGAACGAUAAGCAUCAGUACUGCUUAGGAUUUUACACCAAUGACGAUUGCUACGGCUUAUACGCUGAAUCUGCAGAAGAAUUGGAAAGUUGGCGAGUGGCUGCUGAAGAAGUGAAAAAUCCUAAACACCAUAAAUCAAGAAGUAAUGAAAAUAUUUGGCAAGUAACCCUCUCAGACCGUGGUAUUGCAAAAUCCAAGCAAUUAGCCGGUGCUUACAACUUGGAAUUAUUACCAAUGGAAAUGAAGUUAUGCCGUUUGGGAUCUGCCAAUACGAAACAACCCUUAAUUUUGAAAUAUUCAUCAAUUCGACGCUGCGGACACUCCGAUAGCUAUUUCUUUAUAGAAACUGGUCGUUCAUCAUGUAUUGGUCCUGGCGAGUUAUGGAUGGACGUUGAUGACAAGGCUAUUGCAGAAUUAAUUCAUGAAAAGGCUUUAGCGUAA